AGCUGGGGUCUGCGAAAAGACAAAUUCCUAAUGCAAGAAAUUGUCUAUGGCCAAUAAGGUGAUCUGAUCUUCUCUUAGGGCGGAAGAUUCUUUAAGAUGGCGUUUGCUAUUCUUCGCGUCAGACCCACAGAGGGACCCGGCUGCAGUGCUGGGCAUGUUGCUGGAGGAUGCUGUGUCCUUGUGCCGUGGUGUGGGCUGGUUAGGGGGAAAGCCACUAGCUCCUUCGGUGGUGCGCUUGCAUUGCCUCAGCCUCCCGAUUAAACAUUAAGCUGGCGGGGAGGAGAGGAGGAGCCCAGGUUACAGAUAAACCACUUUUUCCAUUUCUCCUUUAGUGCCCCAGGCCUCUGCACCUUGAACCUCUGCUGUCUUCCUGCCGAAGGUCCACUCUCCAGUGCAGCAGCAGCCCAUGAAACAGAAAACAGGGCUGGAGGGUGCGAUGGAGUUAACACAAAAAUUUACCUUUAAUCCUAAGGAGGGGAUUGAUAACCCAGCCCUGGUGAUCACUGAUGACCCAGAGAGGGAGAGCGGCCCCACGCCGCGGCUCUGCCAGAUGAGGCGCGAGAAGGGCGAGAGCUUCGGGUUUUACCUGCGGCUGGAGCUGGGCCUCCGGGGCCACAUGGUCAGGGAGGUGGAGCCCUGGAGCGUGGCGGAGCGCAGCGGCCUGAGGGACGGCGACCGGCUCCUGGAGGUCAACCAGGACUUCGUGGACACAGAGGAGCACUGGAAGGUGGUGAGGAAGAUCCAGGCCAGCGGCCAGCAGGUGUCGCUCUUGGUGCUGGGGGGCGGGGAGUACGAGCAGGCGCUGGCGGAGGGGCGGGACCUGCUCGCGUUGGCACGGGAACACCGCGGAGAGGCAACUACGCGACCGCGGCUCUGCCACGUCACCAGGGAGCACGGCGCCGGCCUGGGAUUCACCGUCUCCGCUGUCGACGGAAGGAAGGGCAAGUUCUGUGUGACCACCAUGGCGGGGGGGCCAGCCGAGAAGGCAGGAGUGAGGUCCGGAGACAGACUGCUCUGGAUCAACGGAGCCUCCGCGUCAGACCUCACUCACUCCGCCCUCAGCAAGAUGAUCAGGACGUGCGUGGGCCAUGUAACCGUGCUGGUGAUCGAGAGUGCCAGCGAGCAAAGCUACGCCCGGCGUGGGGUGUCCAUCUUCCCCGCCAUGGCGGAGAUUCACAAUCUGCCCCACCGACCCCGGACGCUACAUCUGGUCCAGUGCCCUGCCGGGUAUGGCUUCCUGCUGCGCCAAGAGAAGAUGCCUUCCGGGCGGAUAGUUCACGCCCUGCGGGAGGUGGAGCCCGACAGCCCAGCGGAGCGCGCCGGCAUGCGGGAGGGCGACCAGCUGCUGGCGGUGAACGGCGAGGCGGCGGAGGGGCUGGAGCACGAGGACGUGGUGAGCCGAGUGCGCUCCAGCGGCCGGCGGGUCGCCUUUACCGCCAUCGACAGCCAGGGCGGCGACUACUACUACCAGCUGGGUCUGUCGCCCUUGCUUUUCUAUGAGGACGACCCUCCCGAGAAGGAGAAGACAGUGCCGCCUCCUGCUCUCGCGGCGCCACCUGCUGGGCCACCGCAUGAAGCGCACUCUGAACUCCCACUCCCACGGAUCUGUCAACUGGAAAGAGGUCCCAAGGGCUUUGGUUUCCGCCUUAGCUGUGUCCAGGAUGAGCCAGGAACAUGCAUAGGCCAGGUGGCGGCGGGAGGCCCCGGCCAGCGGGCGGGGCUCAGGGCGGGGGACGUGGUGGUGGAGGUGAACGGACAGAGCGUGGCGGAGGAGCCGCUGGAAGAGGUGGCGCGGAGGAUGAAAGAGGCCGGGCCCCGCCUCGACGUGCUGGUUGUGGAUCGGCGGGGGUACGGGGCGCUGAAGCAGAGCGGGACGCCCGUCGCGGCCAGCCUGGCUCACGCCACCCAGGUCCGAAAAGGUCCAAAUAAUUCAUUUAUAUAAAGAUGUAAUAAAUGCAAAUAACUGUAGAUCUGACUUUAUAACAGUGAUGAAGACAUCCAGCAAUGGCUGAAGGACAAAGAAAUCGUUUUUUUUUUUUGCUCAGUGGGAGCCAGUUGAACACCCAGCUCUGUGGAAACUUCUGCCAGUCUGUGCUGAAUAAACUUUGACUGGAGUUCAGGGCUUCUCCCAGGCUCGGCUGGUGUUGACACUGCAAAGGAAGGCUUCUACAGAGAGCACACCGAGCUUUCGCAGAUACAGUCCGAAAAGAAGCACACAUCGCUACCGUCCCUGCAGUCAGCUGGCUGUGUUGGCAAGGCAAAACGGUCCCCUCUUCAGUCCAAAAACUAGUAACAACGGAACUGAAGAGCUCGUGUAUUGGUUAAUGUUCAUGGCGGUUCGGUGGCCACUACGUCUCUGACAAUCGGGACUCAAAUGCAGAAAAAGCAGUUUAGGAAGCUGGAACUGAAUCGAGGACAAAUGCUUUGUGAACAGUAGAGAUCAAAACAUAUCAGAUGGUAACAGGCGAGAUCUCAGAUGAUGCAGAAUACUCCCGUUCUCAUCUUUAAAAUUCUGUUAAUAAUCUAAAACUGAAAGAAAUGCUAAGGCUAAAUGUAAAUGUCUUACACAUUCUAUGGGAUAUUAAAUGUGAUUUUAAAAAUC